UCCCUUUCGCUGAUGCAAGAGUCUAGUGCGGUGGUAGGAGAGGUGUCGGUAGGAGCAGAGCUGCCACCGGGGCCUGGGGCUGACCCGUCCGACUUCCCGUCUGUGCUGAGCCCACUCGAGCCGCAACCAUGUCCGGGGACGAGAUGAUUUUUGAUCCUACUAUGAGCAAGAAGAAAAAGAAGAAGAAGAAGCCUUUUAUGUUAGAUGAGGAAGGGGAUGCCCAGACAGAAGAAACCCAGCCCUCAGAAACAAAAGAAGUAGAACCAGAGCCAACUGAGGACAAAGAUGUAGAAGCUGAUGAAGAGGACAGUAGGAAAAAAGAUGCUUCUGAUGAUUUAGAUGACUUGAACUUCUUUAAUCAGAAGAAAAAGAAGAAAAAAACAAAAAAGAUAUUUGAUAUUGAUGAAGCUGAAGAAGGUGUAAAGGAUCUUAAGAUUGAAAGUGAUAUCCAGGAAACAGCUGAACCAGAAGAUGACCUUGACAUUAUGCUUGGCAAUAAAAAGAAGAAAAAGAAGAAUGUUAAGUUUCCAGAUGAGGAUGAAAUACUAGAGAAAGAUGAAGCUUUAGAAGAUGAAGACAGCAAAAAAGAUGAUGGUAUCUCAUUCAGUAACCAGACAGGUCCUGCUUGGGCAGGCUCAGAAAGAGACUACACAUAUGAGGAGCUACUGAAUCGAGUGUUCAACAUUAUGAGGGAAAAGAAUCCAGAUAUGGUUGCUGGAGAGAAAAGGAAAUUUGUCAUGAAACCUCCACAGGUUGUCCGAGUAGGAACAAAGAAAACUUCUUUUGUCAACUUUACAGAUAUCUGUAAACUAUUACAUCGUCAGCCCAAACAUCUCCUUGCAUUUUUAUUGGCUGAAUUGGGUACAAGUGGUUCUAUAGAUGGUAAUAAUCAACUUGUAAUCAAAGGAAGAUUCCAACAGAAACAGAUAGAAAAUGUUUUGAGAAGAUAUAUCAAGGAAUACGUUACCUGUCACACGUGCCGAUCACCGGACACGAUCCUGCAAAAGGACACCCGACUCUAUUUCUUACAGUGCGAAACUUGUCAUUCUCGAUGCUCUGUUGCCAGCAUCAAAACCGGCUUCCAGGCUGUCACAGGCAAGCGAGCACAGCUCCGUGCCAAAGCUAACUAAUUGGCUAACCACCACUGAUUUUGCAAAGUGUGUUGUGGAGAUUUGGCUGGACAGGUUUACCAUCAGAGUGGGUAUACCACUGUAUUAAAAACAAGAUAGAAAAGCUGCCAGGUUCUUUGGCGUGUGGCUGGUUGGUCUGAAAUCCUUGCAAGAUGCCGAUGCUCAAGCUGUUGACAUACUCAUUGCCACUUUAACAACUGUCAGAAAAACGUGAUGGGGUAAGGCGGUGCUUUUUUAAAAUCGUUCAUAGACUUAUGUAAAAUGCAAGAUAAAUUAAAGUUAUUAUAACAGUGAUUCUUUCAAUUUGGUUUGUCAGUUUUCUAUAAAAGUUGUGCUUAAUGAAUUCAGCAAAAACAGUUUGUGCCUGGGCUCUGGUGAGGUCUAUCUUCAUCCUGAGAAACUGGACAUUGGAGGUCGUUUUUCUUGUCAGCUCCUUUUGGGAUAAAGCUUCAUGAGAGGGUGGUUGGAACAUGGUAUCUGUGAGGACAGCCUGUUUUCAGUGUCCAGGGAUUGAGUACAUAGAUUUGAAUUCUUUUCAUUAGGUGAGGAAUUACUGCUACUACCUCACUACUAAGUCGUCCAGCUGUUAGCACAUGAGGGGAAUACAAGGUGCUAGGUACCCUCCCUCUCUCAAAAUUUUCUUUCUUGCUGGCCACUAAGAAAAUCUUGGAAACAGCCUUUAACGUCUUCUAAACAGCACAUGAGAAAAACCCUACUUGGGCAUCUAUUUAUUGGUGAGGAAGGCAUUGUGGCACGUGAUUGUACCAUACAGAACUGAAUCCAAACCAUGAUGCUAGAGAAUACUUUUCUUUUUCCCAGCUUCUGUUCUGGGUUUGAAAAAGACCCACCGUAAAUGCUUUUAUUUUCUAUAUUAAAAGUAAUUUUUUGGUGUGACCAUGAGAAACUUAAGAGGUGAUGGUGCCCGUGUGGUGCUUUUGGUGCCUCCAGUUCUGCCGCCUGAGGAUUUGGCUGAAAGCUAUUUCUCCAUAUAGCACAGAGAGAUAGAUCAUUUCAUGUGUCUGCUGGGAUCUGCCUUGCACACACCUGACGAUAAGGGCAUACUGCUGCUCUCAUGGUCUCACUGCCAGAUUCCUAAGUGGCCCCAGGAGCAUUCGCUCAGCCCUGAAUGUCUUAACCCUGUUUUUAAUCACUGUGACCUCUCAAGUACAGGCCAGAAACACCUUGGCCAUGAAAUGGUGGAGGGAGCAGAGUAGUCCCUCGACCUAACAGGUCCCAGGGAGACCACAUACACUGGCUGAGCUGCCACCACUGCCCUGAUGAACUCAACUGUUUAUGAUGCCAUCUUCCUUCUUUUGUAUCUACGCCCACACAAUUCCCAAUGUCCAAUGUUACUGCGUGAAUAAAACAAGGAUUAGUGCCUCUUGUGUAA